AUGCAAACAAAACGAGUAAUUGAAUAUAUAAUAAAUUGGCUUAAAGAUUAUCAUAAUAUUAGUCAUACAAAAGGUUUUGUUGUUGGUGUAUCAGGUGGAAUUGAUUCAGCUGUAGUAUCAACAUUAUGUGCUCGUACUGAUUUACCUGUACUUGUUAUUGAAAUGCCCAUUCGACAAUCAUCAAGUGAAAAACAACGAAGUCGAGCACAUAUUGAGUGGCUUACAUCACAUUUUUCGAAUGUAACAGGUGCUGAAGUUAAUUUAACGGAUGUUUUUGAAACAUUUGAAAAAACAGUUAAAAAAAGUGAAAUUGAUGAUGUUAAUGCUGAUACAGAGCUUGCAUUUGCUAAUGUAAGAUCACGUUUAAGAAUGGUUAAUUUAUAUUAUUUUGCUUCACUAAAAAAUUAUCUUGUUGCUGGCACUGGAAAUAAAGUUGAAGAUUUUGGUGUUGGUUUUUUUACAAAAUAUGGUGAUGGUGGUGUUGAUCUUAGUCCCAUAGCUGAUUUAAUGAAAUCUGAAGUACGUGCUGUUGCUGCUGUAUUAGGUGUUGGACAAGAUAUAAUUAAAGCACCACCAACUGAUGGUUUAUUUGGUGAUACAAGAACAGAUGAAGAUCAAAUAGGAGCUAGUUAUGAUGAACUUGAAUGGGCUAUGAAUCAUCUUGAAUUAAGUAAGACAAAAGAAGGAGAAGCUACAUUAACUGAUCGACAAAAAGAAGUUUUGGCUAUUUAUAACAAACGACAUGCUGCGAAUUUACAUAAAAUGGUUGAAAUUCCACGUUGUAUUAUUCCAUCAGAAUUAAAAGCUCCACAAGCAUAA